AUGAACGGUCCCGAAGGACCAUCUCGAUGCUGCGAUGAUGGAUGCAAGGGUCUGAACAAUACACAGGCAGCCAUGGAGCGUCUAGGAAUGGAAGAAUCUCCUGGCUGUGAAGCCAGCCCUGCUGGCGAAGUGAAGUUGAACAGCAAGAGGUUCGGAAGAGGAGCUGUGGAGUCAGGUUUGACACACGAGUGCGGAGUCUUCGGCGCCAUCAGCACUGGGGACUGGCCCACUCAGGUCGACAUCCCACAGGUCAUAUGUCUAGGAUUAGUCGCACUGCAACACAGAGGACAAGAGUCAGCGGGUAUCGUGACGUCAGAGGGUAAGAGUGCGCGUACGUUUAACACACACAAAGGAAUGGGUCUCGUCAACAAUAUAUUUAAUGAUGAAGCCAUGAAGAAACUCAAAGGGAACCUCGGCAUUGGACAUACUCGGUACUCGACAUCGGCCGCGUCGGAGGAGGUGAACUGCCAGCCCUUCGUAGUCCACACCGCGCACGGGGCACUCGCCGUCGCUCACAAUGGAGAACUUGUCAACUGCAGCAGUCUUAGGAAGAUGGUGUUAGGUCGUGGAGUAGGUCUGUCAACUCACUCGGACUCGGAGCUGAUCACACAAGCACUGUGCCUCAACCCACCCGAGGGGGAGACCAACGGACCCGACUGGCCUGCGCGUAUUAACCAUCUUAUGAGGCUGGCACCCCUAAGUUACUCCCUGGUUAUAAUGCUGAAGGACAAGAUCUACGCAGUCCGCGACCCCUACGGUAACCGACCGCUCUGUCUCGGCAAGAUCCUGCCUCUUGGCUCUUCAUAUGUCUACAAACAGUCGUCGGCGCAGCAUGCCGCGGUUUUAAUGAACGGUUGUGCGAAGAACGGCGUGGACGACAGAGCUGAAGGAUGGGUGGUGUCCUCCGAGUCCUGUGGAUUCCUCUCUAUCGGUGCUCGUUAUGUUCGUGAAGUGUUGCCAGGAGAGAUAAUAGAAAUGUCCCGGCACGGGAUUAGAACAGUGGAUGUAGUGGAGAGACCUGCCGACAAACAACAAGCUUUCUGCAUAUUUGAAUACGUAUACUUCGCGAGGGCAGACAGUAUCUUUGAAGGUCAGAUGGUAUACUCAGCGCGCAUGCAGUGCGGGCGCAUGUUGGCGCGCGAGUCUGCCGUGGACGCCGACAUCGUGUCCUCCGUGCCCGAGUCCGGCACUGCCGCCGCGCACGGAUACGCGCGACAGUCCGGCAUUCCCUUCAUGGAAGUCCUCUGCAAGAACCGUUACGUAGGUCGCACCUUCAUCCAGCCCUCCACCCGCCUCCGUCAGCUCGGUGUUGCCAAGAAGUUCGGCGCACUCUCGGAGAACGUGCGAGGGAAGAGGAUCGUACUCAUUGACGACUCCAUCGUCAGAGGAAACACUAUCGGACCUAUUAUUAAACUGCUGAGAGAUGCGGGAGCCGCUGAGGUACACAUAAGGAUAGCAUCUCCUCCACUGAAAUACCCUUGCUACAUGGGCAUCAACAUCCCCACGCGGGAGGAACUCAUCGCCAACAAGAUGGACUCCUUCAAACUCGCUGAGCAUGUUGGUGCGGACAGUCUAGAAUACUUAAGCGUAGAAGGCCUAGUGUCGGCAGUGCACUACAAUAUGAAGACUAAUCCCAACGAUGGACUCGGAGGCCACUGUACUGCCUGCCUCACUGGGGAGUACCCCGGGGGAGUGCCGGACGACGACUGGUGA